GGGAAUUAUUAUAAAAUAAAUCAGCCAAUUCUUUUUUUUUUUAUUCUUUUUCUUUCUUUUUUAAAACAUGUUUACAAGACUUAUCAAUACAAUUCGUGAAGCUGUGAGCAAAUCACCCAACAACCGUAACCAAGCAAGCAAGCAUUCAUCAGAGCAUCCUUCAAGUGAAUAUUCAGCAGAUUCUCGUAGACCCUCUGUGACAGAAAACUGCAAUGAUGAUGUUUUGUCAAAAUUCUCUCAACCAAAUAAUUCUAUUUCUGAACCUAUUGUGAUCGGCUCUACUGCUAAUACUGGUGCUGCUACUACAAGACGUCGUUCCUCAUUGUUUGGUAUCUCUAAUGUUGCUUAUGACGAUUAUGUUCAAAAAGACCUUAUCUCAAGUUCAUGGAGUUAAACCAAAUGAUGGCUCAUGGCUAUGUAUAUAUAUAUCAGCUCUUUGUAGGCAAACCAUAAGCUACGACUUUGCAUGUAGGAACAUACAUGUCUUUUGACAUAUUCUACCGCCCCCUUAUCUUUGUUCUAGCAUGCAUCUUCUUUAUUAUUAUUAUUAUUAUUAUUUUAUAUCAAAGAAGCUUUCUAUGUUUACUCUAUCUCUUAUCUCUUUUUUUCCUCGUUUG